AUGACCUUCGAUGGCAUGACAACGUUUCGGUUUACCGUAAAACAGAAAAUAAACGUUUUUACUCUUCAUACAUACGAACUUUCCUACAGUGAUAUCCAGCUACUGAAUGAUGAAGGAACCGUGAUGCAAAUCCAAAACUAUUCACUCGACUUAAAUUUACAGCAUCUUGUAAUUACACCGACUUUAAAACCAAAAGUUGGCUCUACAUACAUCUUACAAUUUAAAUACACUGGCCGCAUUCGACCAUACAAUGAAGGAGGACUUUAUUACACAUACUAUGAUGACGUUUUCGCGAAGAGACACUGGAUGGUUUCGACUCACAUGGAGAACGGAGUUCAGGCUCGCGCUGUGUUCCCAUGCAUCGACCAACCGUCUGCUAAAGCGAGGUUUCAUCUAACGCUAAUCUAUCCUGAAAACUUGAUCGCUCUUGGUAACGGAAUGGAGACAAUGCCACAAAAAUUUCGUAAUGGUUGGAAUGUUGCCCGAUUUCGACCCAGUCUAAAAAUGUCCACUUACCUCGUCGCUUUAGCCAUCGGUCCCUUUGUUUCUAAAAGUGUCGUAAACGACGCUGGCACUUUGGUGCGCAUUUGGGGGUGGACAGGCCAGGAUGAGUACUUGGAGUUUGCCGCGAAUAUAUCGGCAAAAUGUUUGUACCAAAUGGGUCUUUAUACCAACUUCACCUAUCCGAUGUCGAAAUCAGAUCAAAUUGGGCUUCCCGAGUUUCGAGCCGGUGCUAUGGAAAACUGGGGUUUAGUAAUUUACAAAUAUCAAUACAUCGCUUUUAAUCCAAACCUGCAUACGACUUACGUAAAGCAGGCAGCAGCAAAGGUGAUGUGCCACGAGUUGGCACAUCAAUGGUUUGGAGAUUUGGUUACCGCAUUCUGGUGGUCGGACCUGUUUUUGAACGAAGGGUUUGCCGCGUUCUUUGAGAUCGAAAGCCUAAAGCUCGCUAUUCCUGAACAAAAUGCAUUUUUGGAGGGCAAGUUCUUGGUGGAAACUGAACAGAAAGGAUUAACUGCAGAUGCUUCUGCGUCUUCUCAUCCCAUCUACUUCAACGACGUGAUAUUUGACGCUAUAACUUACAACAAAGCUCCGUCCGUAUUGCGAAUGACUCAGUUGGUACUUGGGAAAGAGGUGUUCCAAGAAGGACUUCGCGAGUACCUGUCCGCAUACCAAUUUCAAAACACAAAACAUGAAAUGCUUUUUGAAAAACUUACUAAUGCAGCAAGAAAGCACGGUGUGACGGACUGGUGUGGUAAACCAAUCAACGUUUCAGAGUUUCUUAAUCCAUGGAUACUGCAAAAGUGCGAUGGCAAAAGAGUCUUUUCUUCUUCUGACGUGCCAUGGACAAUGACCAAUGUUGAAUCCAGUUCUUUUGUGAGAGUAGAUUACGAUGAUAUCGGUUAUGAUCGGUUGUUGAGCCACUUGCAAGCUGAGGGAACUAAUGGUUUUAGCAUGGCCGAUAAAAUUGUGCUUAUUGGCGAUCAGAUUGCUCUCAUAACUAAACGCAAGUCUACGGGACAAGCAUUUUCAUAUAAAAGGCUUCUGCAGUUUCUCGUUGCCAUUUUACCAAACUAUCCGCACUUCUCUGUUUUUGAACUUUCUGAUCCAGUUCUUACAGAACUAGAAAAGUUUUAUAUGGAGGACAUCGAUCAAAAGCUUUUUCAGGCAUACAUUGCACGGUACUACAUUCUUUUCGAAUCGGCAAAGCACGACAUUCUCAGUGCCACUUACCAUUUAUCAAAUAUGUUUGACAAAUUCAAAGAACUAUGCUUUGAUACCACUACUGGGAUUGAAAAUUGCUCUCAAGGAAUAGAUCCAGAUAUUCAUCGUGGAAUGUUUUGUGCUGCCACAAUUUACGAUAGAAGCAACUCUUCUGGGUUUUUGCUAGAACUAUACCACCAACAGAUAACAUAUGGAUUAUACUUUUACCAAGAAUAUUAUGCAAUGUUGGAGGGCGUAGGAUGUACAACAGAUAAUUCUGUUCUUCAAAUAUUAAUCAAGGAAUUACUAUCUGCUCGUAAGAAUUUUGCAUAUGUUCCAAGUUAUUCGUAUAUCACACGAAAUCCAUUAGGCACUCAGGCAAUGUACGAUUAUCUUAUAAGCAACACUUCUGAUGUGGUAAAUUCAGUGCCAAUUGACGAGUAUCUAGACGCAUUGACAUCGACUUGGUAUAGUAACAAACGUCUUCAGCAGCUUAUUAAUUUAAAUUCAACUUUGCAAACAGUGUUGAACUCGUCUGAGGCAGCUCGUGUUCUUGAACGUCAAAUAAAAACCAUAAAUUCACAGAUAUCGUUUGCGGAAAACCAUCUUCCUGAAAUAACACGCUUUCUUUACGACAACUAUGUGGCAGACAAACUGGAUACAACAAUGUUGGUGCCUAAAGACUGUAAACCACUGUCAUACACACUGCAUUUAAAACCAUAUUUUUCUGGACCGGCUAAGUAUCCUUGGUAUAAAAAUAUGACUUUUGAAGGAACAGUGACGAUAAGGUUCACAGUGAUUGCACCAAUUUCACAAGUUGUUAUCGCUGCCAACAAGUUAAUUAUCAAUCCAGAACAGGUUAAAUUGUCGUGCGAUGCUCUAGGCAAUGUAGCAAUUGCAAAGCAUGAAAAAGAUUAUGAUUUUGGCAUUUUGCAACUGAACUUACCCGAGAGGCUUAUGUUACCAGAUAAUACAAACUGUACUUUGAAUAUGAAGUAUAAAGGUUUUAUAAACGAUCGACCAACUAAGGGUGUCAGCACUCAUUCCAGUUACUUUGAAUUUAAUAACCAAAAAACGUGGAUUUUUGCGACAGACUUCUUGAAUGCUCGUGGAAUCAGGUCUCUAGUCCCAUGCUUCGAUGAACCUUAUUUUAAAGCACCUUGGCAAAUCACUUUGGAGCAUCCUUCUGAUAUGGUGCCGCUGAGUAACGCGAUAAGUAACGGGACAAUUCUAGGAAACAAUGGAUGGGCAACAACUACUUUUGCAUACACACAGAGAAUGUCAAGCUAUGCUCUCUCUUUGUUUCUUGGCCACUUUGAUGCGCAGGAAAGUGUCUCUCCGGAAGCAAAAGUUCUUUCACGAGUUUGGGCUUGGAGUGGGAUGGAAAUUUAUGCUAAUCGUGCUCUUAAGGUUUUGACUAGUGCUGUAGAUGCUGUAAGCAAACUUCUUCAAACUCGACCUCCAAUUUCUAAGAUUGACCUCGUCGCGUUGCCACAGUGCUUGUAUACGAACGUAACUUUCAAUGGAUUUGGAGUAAUCAGCGGAGACUAUAAUAAGAUUCUCGAAGACCCCUAUUACGCUACAACUGCUGAUCACAUGCUUAUCAGUCAAAUAAUUGCUCAAGCAACCGCCAAUCAGUGGUUUGGAAAUUUGGUAACUCCUGAGACUCUAUCAUAUGCAGGUCUUACCGAUGGACUUUCUAUGUUCAUUGCAACGAAAUUAGUAGCAAAGCUGGAGCCGCAACAGGCUAAUUUGAAAUCUUUCUUGGAGUUCAUCAUGUUUGAAACAUCAUUUACUUUUAAUUCAAACGGGCGUUUUGCAGUUCUUCCUGGUGAUAAUUCAGCUCUAAGCAACGAAGCAAACUGUAAAGGUGCUGCGGCAUUUGCAAUGUUGGAAAAUAUUGUUGGAGAAGAUAUCGUAAUCGAAGCUUUACAAGCACUGCUUAGUGAUUAUUCAUACGAUGUUGUCAACGAUGUAUUACUUUGGAAAGCAUUGGAAAAGGUUGUCAGUAAUAGGACAUCUACGUUUGAAGAAAGUGCACAUAUGAGUUUAACAAAUUUUAUGGAACCAUAUAUGUGGCAGAGGAGCUAUCCAAUAUUUAAAGUUUCAACCGAUGGAGAGAAUAUGACUUAUAGUAUGGAGGCCUACGAUGAAGAAACUGUGCUAUUUUAUCAACCAUUAUGGGUUUUACCGGUGUAUACAGCUGACUCAACCGGCGCCAAUUUUUGGUAUUAUGGAAGUGAACUGCAAGAUUCUUUUCUGAACCAAACAUUUGAUGAAAAAUGGAGAAUUUAUAACGUUGCAAGAAGGGCACCUUUCCGAGUGUGGUAUGAUGACCAGACGUGGAGUCCUAUCUAUCAACAACUGGUUAAGGAUAAAACUGUUUUUGACGAAGUAACUCGAGCACAGUUAAUUGCUGAUACAGCAGCGCUACGCGAAAGAGGAUCACUGGAGUGGCCUAGGUUACUUGAUCUUGGCUUGUUGUUAGUGAAGGACACAAGUUUUUUGCCAUUAUAUAGUUUUACAUCAACCUUGGAAAACUUGAUGAAUCGUUUCUACAACACUAAAUAUUACGAUGCUGUAAAGAGCUAUGCUCGAGAUGUUGUGGCUGAUGCGUACGACAAAAUAGCUUGGAGAAAUACUGAUGACUGGAUUCAAAAGUUAGAGACUGUACUUGAUUUUUCAACGUUCGUACAACUGCUAGAAAAUUCUAUCAUUAAAAAACUUUGUUUAAGUACGCUAUCCUCGUCGAUAACAGAGCUGGCUUGCAAAGCUGGAUAUGAAAAGUGUCUUUUGGAUGCUUCACAAAGAUUCCAAAACUUUACUGAACGCUGCGCUCAUUCACUGGUAGGGACUGGAAGAUGUAAUCUAGUACAUUCAGACUAUCGAGGAACGCAGUAUUGUUACGGCCUUUCUAGUAGUCCAUCAAGUUUAGAAAUGGUUCUUAAAGUAUAUCAGUGGUUUGAAAAAGAGUCAAAGUAUUUUAAACGCGAUCAGGAAAAUUUGCUUUAUGGAAUUGGCUGUGGAAAACCAGACAGUUUUAAGAGGUUUAUAAGUGAUGCGGUUCACGGAACAAUGUCGACAAAAGUUUUGACAUUUAUUGGUCAAACAGUCGAGGGUGCUGAGCAGUUGUGGGAUUAUCUUCAGAAAAAUAUAGAAGAAGUGCUUUACGGAGCAGUCCAGUUCUCGUUUUACGUCAGUUCGUUGACAAAGACCUGGAACAAUGACGCGUAUGUAAAGCGGAUUGGCUCAUUUUUGAAUUCUACCAUUUCUUCACGUUUACCGAAAAAUGCUAGAGAAGUUCUGGAAAGAUCAGUGGAGACUAUUCUGUCAAGAAACGAUUGGUUAUUGAAAAACGCAGGAGAAAAUUCAACCUUGGUGUCUUGGUUGAAAAAUCAUAGCUAUUAUUUGUAA